AUGGCUAAAGUCAAUGAAAAAAAAGGGGCGGUAAAUCCAGUUGAAAAGCUUGCCGAGGCUCCCGUAGAAUUCGUUAGAGAGGGUUCUCAAUUUCUAUCGAAAUGUAAAAAACCUGACAUGAAGGAGUACACAAAGAUCAUUAAGGCGGUUGGCAUCGGUUUCGUCGCCGUUGGUAUCAUCGGGUAUGCUAUCAAGCUGGUCCACAUUCCUAUCAGAUAUUUGAUUGUUUGA